GCCGUUAGCUAUAAGUAUGUUUUCAUGAAGUCCUAUGCGGUAGUCUACCUCGAGGCUCGGGCCUUAGCACCCGUCCGAAGCCCGAUGACGACGUCUUGUAGUUGCAGGCGCGCAUCAGAGUCACAGCCAAGACAAAAGACGAACCUGGUCGCAAGCGUUCGAUCAAGAUUCAGAGGAGAUUCUGAUAUGCGCAUUUGGUUUUACGGCAUGUUCUGAG